AUGGAGUACAAGCAAACAGGCAAGCGCAAGAACCGACUCAAUGAUGAAGAUACAGCAGCUCCACGACCGCGUGCAGUGCGUCAACGACCAGGACUAGAAGAGUCAAGCGCGCCGGAAAACAACUCGUCACGCCAAGAAGAAGACGAAGAAACGAAGGAUUCUGGUGAUUCAACACCGCCUGUGUUUUGGCGUGCGAGUGCAAAUGCCGUUGAAGCAGCAGUGGACUUAUCAGAGCCCUCAACAUUUGAAGCAGCAGUAAGCGGCCCUGACCAAGUGCACUGGAGAAAAGCAAUUCAUGCAGAGCUCGAGUCAAUGCGACUUCGCGGUGUGUUUCGUGCAGCCAAGCUGCCCAACGGACAACGCGCCAUUGGCACAAAAUGGGUGUUCAAGAUCAAGCGCAAGGCGGAUGGAUCCAUCGAGAAGUACAAGGCACGACUUGUGGCCAAGGGUUUUCCGCCAAAAGUAUGGAAUCGACUACACGGAGACGUUUUCUCCCGUGGUCAAGCAUGUGACGCUGAGAAUGGUGAUCGCAAUUUCCAAGCAUUUUGGAUGGCCCAUCGACCAGCUUGA